GUGGUAGCUGCACAAGCAAAGCAUAUGCUCAUAUCUGAACGGAUCGAACACUACAGGCACAGCCUGUCACAACGCGGAAAAGCAUUUUGGGAAGGUCUUUCUUUGCACCAAGAGACACCACCCACUCUAGUCUCCUCACCGACUGACAGGCGCUCUGACCGACUGUGCAGUCGUGAUUUUUGUAGCUUUGACAAACAGAAUGGAAAAUAAACACACAACAGACAGGAUGGACACAGCGAACACAUUGAGCUCAGACGUCACAGACUCCGGUAAAAGAGUAAGUUAUUUGAUGGAGAAGUGUGCAGAUGUAGGAUUAGGACAGCCUCGGAAAUUCUCCGAGGAGCUACAGUCUCGAGUCUGCACGUCCUCCGUAGUGCGUAGUUUUGGAAACGUUGCCACUUUGUGCGCUGCCGCGUCUCCUUGCUCGAGCGACAACGGUGCCAUGUUCAAAGACUGUACUGUCAGAGAUAACGCCUCACUUAUCAAUAAAGCUUUUUAUGACCGCUCUGACCCUGUGCGCUGGACGGAGAUGCGUGGCACAGAGGGAGUGAAGGAGUCCAUGUUACAGCAGCCGGCCCCUACAGUAACUCGUGAAAGUUUGCAGAGAGCGGCUACGAACAUGAUAUCGACACCCUGUUCAACCACAGCCACCGGGGCUCGUAGGAUCAUCAAAGAUGAGAAGGAGCCGUCGCUAAUCACGGAAACACCGUGUCCCGAUUUUGAACUAACGGCCAACAUCCCUACCCUCGAGACCUGUUACGACAGCGAGAGGAAACAACACCAGAUAGGUUUUAUGGAUGAUUCGUCUUUCCCCACCUCCGCGCCUGGACAACAGCACCAACAAGUACUAUUGGACUGUUCUCCGAACUUUCUAGUCGACUUGAAUCAGAACGACCAGAUGUCGACGGUUCCCCAGGUCCGUACAGACUCGCCGGGUGUUCCCUUUCCUACUCAUCCCGGUAAGGGCAUGCUGAGUUUUGAUGUAAUGAGCAGUAACGGACAGGGUCCACAGCAGCAUUUGAUGAUUUAUAAGAGUGAAAUGCCUAGAUGGUCCAUUCAGACCUCUCCUACUCAUUCCCCGUUCUGGUGCCAGUCCAGCGGGGUCUCCGAGGACCAGUACCCACACCAUGGCUACUCCUCCCCGGAUGGAAUUCACACCUCAGCCCUGCUCCAGAGGUCCCCGACCUAUACAGGAUAUGGCGGUGUUCCACCCCAGAGACUAUGUAUGAUCUGUGGGGAUGAGGCAUCAGGGUGUCACUACGGGGUGCUCACGUGUGGAAGCUGCAAAGUGUUCUUUAAACGAGCGGUCGAAGGACAUCAUAACUAUCUCUGCGCCGGUCGAAAUGACUGCAUCGUGGAUAAGAUACGGAGAAAGAAUUGCCCUGCGUGUCGCCUGAGGAAGUGCUACCAAGCUGGGAUGAUGCUCGGAGGGAGGAAGCUGAAGCGCUUCGGGGCCCUGAAGGCAGGUCUGGCCCCAGCCUUGAUGUUCCAGGGGCCCUUAUCAGCCCUGGGGGAUGGUCUGGCCCCAGCCUUGAUGUUCCAGGGGCCCUUGUCAGCCAUGGGGGAUGGUCAGGCCCUGGCCUCUCUACCCUGCAUGCCUGGUCUCAACGAGCUGCAGCUCUCUCCUCAGAUCAUCAGCAUUCUGGAGAGCAUUGAGCCCGAGGUGGUGUACUCUGGCUACGACAACUCCCAGCCUGACAUGCCACACCUCCUCCUCAACAGUCUCAACAGACUGUGUGAUAGACAGCUGUUGUGGAUCGUCCGGUGGUCCAAGUCCCUGCCAGGGUUCCGUAGCCUCCACAUCAACGACCAGAUGACCCUCAUCCAGUACUCCUGGAUGAACCUCAUGGUGUUCUCUCUGGGCUGGAGAUCUUUCCAGAAUGUCACCAGUGAAUACUUAUACUUUGCUCCUGAUCUUAUCCUUAGCCAGGAUCGUAUGAGGAGAUCUCCCAUUUAUGAUCUGUGUCUGGCCAUGCAGUUCAUCCCUCAGGAGUUUACCAGCCUCCAAGUCACCAAAGAGGAGUUCCUCUGUAUGAAAGCCAUCAUGAUUCUCAACACUGUUCCAUUGGAGGGUUUAAAGAGCCAGGCCCAGUUUGAGGAGAUGAGACAGAACUACAUUCGGGAGCUGACCAAGGCUAUCCAUCUGAAGGAGAGAGGCAUGGUGGCCUCCUCUCAACGUUUCUAUCAUCUCACCAAGCUCAUGGAUGCCAUGCAUGAGAUUGUGAAGAAAGUGAACCUGUACUGUCUUAGUACCUACAUCCAGGCCGACGCCAUGAAGGUUGAGUUCCCUGAAAUGAUGUCAGAGGUCAUCUCCUCCCAGCUCCCCAAGGUCCUGGCCGGCAUGGUCAAGACCCUCCUCUUCCAUGCCAAGUGACCAAACACAGGAGACAACCAAACCUGCACCGCACAAAGCACCAUGGAAGAAUAGAAUAUACCCAAAGAGCAAGAAGAGUUGAAUAAAUAUUUUAUCAACAUCAUCCAAUAUCAAUCGAAUAUCGACCAAAAUGUUAUGUUGAUUUGAAAAUAGGUCUUUGUCCGGUGGGUGUAUCAUAUCAUUGAAACUAAGAAAAUUAACCAAGUUAAACUGAAGGUUUUGGGAGGCAUUAUUUGGACCAAGUUAAACUGAAGGUUUUGGGGAGGCAUUAUUUGGACCAAGUUAAACUGAAGGUUUUGGGGAGGCAUUAUUUGGACCAAGUUAAACUGAAGGUUUUGGGGAGGCAUUAUUUGGACCAAGUUAAACGUGAAGGUUUUGGGGAGGCAUUAUUUGGACCAAGUUAAACUGAAGGUUUUGGGGAGGCAUUAUUUGGACCAAGUUAAACUGAAGGUUUUGGGGAGGCAUUAUUUGGACCAAGUUAAAUGUCAAGAUUUUGGGCAGGUAUUAUUUGGACCAAGUUAAACGUGAAGGUUUUAGGGAGUCAUUAUUUGGACCAAGUUAAACGUGAAGGUUUUAGGGAGGCAUUAUUUGGACCAAGGUAAAACGUGAAGGUUUUGGGGAGGUAUUAUUUUGCCCAAGUUAAAACAUGAAGGCUUUGGGGAGGCAUUAUUUUGCCCAAGUUAAACGUGAAGGUUUUGGAGAGGUAUUAUUUGGACCAAGUUAAACGUGAAGGUUUUGUGGAGGUAUUAUUUGAACCAAGUUAAAUGUCAAGAUUAUCGGGAGGUAUUAUUUGGACCAAGUUAAAUGUCAGGAUUUUGGUGACGGAUUAUUUGGACCAAGUUAAAUGUGAAGGUUUUGGAUAGGUGAUAUUUGGACCAAGUUAAAUGUGAAAGUUCUGGCUAGGUAUUAUUUGGACCAAAUUCAACAAGAAGGUUUUGGGGAGGUAUUAUUUGGGCCAAGUUAAAACGUGAAGAUUUUGGGGAGGAAUUAUUUAGACCAAGUUAAAACGUGAAGGUUUUGGGGAGGUGGUAUUUGGACCAAGUUAAAAUGUGAAGGUUUUGGAGAGGCAUUAUUUGGACCAAGUUAAAUUGUUAAGAUUUUUGGAUAGGUGAUAUUUGGACCAUGUUAAAUGUGAAAGUUCUGGAAAGGUAUUAUUUAGACCAAAUUCAACAAGAAGGUUUUGGGGAGACAUUAGUUGGACCAAGUUAAAAUGUGAAGCUUUUGGGGAGGUUUUAUUUGAACCAAGUUAAACGUGAAGCUUUUGGGGAGGCAUUAUUUGGACCAAGUUAAACAUGAAGAUUUUGGGGAGGUAUUAGUUGGGUUUUAUUUAUUUUUGUGUCAGAAUGAUUCCUUCUCCAAGGUCUGUCUGCCCUGGCUGAAGUACACUAGUCCUAACGGCGGGUUGAUAUGUUCCAUCCUCCAGUCAGAACUCCUCUUAGAACUGUGGUGAAUCCACCAAAAUAUUGUUCCCUGACCUUCAAUUCACUCUUAUCCUUUGAGGUGGUGGAAACGUAUAUAGGGAAGUUGUGUUAGCAUUUUUAAUUUGGGAGAAUUACUGUUUUUGCUAGACUUGUAAGAGAGCUAGGUUACGUUCCAAAUGGCACCCUAUUCCAAACAGUGCCCUGCUUUUGACCAACGUGACAUGGGCCCUAGUUGAAAGUAGUGCACUAUGUAGGGAAUAGGGUGCUGUUUGAGACGCAACCUUAAAACUGGUAUACCAAGUUUUGCUU